UUUUAAGUUGCCCCAAACCAAACGCAGAACCAAUUCAAACGUCGACGAGAAUCCCAGAAUUGCAUCCUUUUGAAAAGUGUACAGACGUAAAAUUGACAGCCAAAAAACGAAGGAAGAACGGUGAGAAGUGGAAUCAAAUUGAUCGUUGUCGAAGAUGGCUCAACCGCAAUUGUGUGAAUCAGAAAGGGCAGAAGGAUUAAGGAAAAGGGUUCAUGGUCGUCGACAUUCUUCAUACGAAGUUGAGAAUAAAAAGGGCGAUAUCCCGGAAGAUGUUGUUGUUUAUAAAUUUGAUCUAUUUCUCACUCGCCUGGGGGAUCGAAUGAAACGAAUUGAAGAAGUAGGACUUCCAAAAAUAGAAGAACCAAAUACAACCUAUGAAAUUUUAGUAAGGUUACGGAAUUCAUUUAUUGGUAGCACCAUUUUAGGGAAAAACCAGGUUAUGUACUUUCUUCGGAUGAUUGAGGAAAAGUAUCACGACGCCUUGGCUGCUUAUGAUUCAUUCCCUUCGAAAGUACUAGAAGCUUUAAAUUUCCUGGAGACUUUGCUGUCUGAUUUAGAAGAUAUCGCCAGUGUUGAAAGUCGAACGACAGUUGGUGAAAUAUUUGAAGAUACCAAAGAAAAACUUCAGAGAGCUAUCCGUGCUGGUGAAAGACGGCUUCUUGAGCUAGAUGAAAUUCCUUUGGAGUGGAAAAACAACCCCUUCAUUUUACGAGGUUAUCGGUUUUAUUCCAGUAAGCGUCGAUGCAUUCGCUCCGUCCUUGCCUUCCAUAAUGAAACGUUCAAUAUCUGGACCCAUUUAAUCGCAUUCAUUGGAUUUUUCACAGUUAUAUCAUACUUUUAUCCAUCAUCUACGUCUUGGAUUUCGUCUUCGUUUUCGAAUCGAAUCGUCCGCAUUUUCUUUUUAGUAUCCGCAAUGAAGUGCUUAGCGUGUUCGGUUACCUGGCAUACAUUUUCCAGUUUGUCCAAGUAUGAGCAUAUGCGACGUGCGGCAUGCAUGGAUUAUGUGGGUAUUUCCGCGCUCAUUGCUGCUUCUAUUAUCUCGGUUGAAUACCAUGCUUUUAAAUGUCAUACCUUAUUUCGUGUGCUUUAUAUAGCCAUUACCGGGACACUUGGAUGUAUAGGAAUAUAUAUGCCCUGGAAAAAGUGGUUUAACGAUUACAGGUUCCGUUCCUUUAAAAUCUUUUUCUUUAUUGGUUUAGCCUGCAGCGGAUUCUUACCGUUACUUACAAUGUGUUAUAUCCGAGGCGCCGUAGAAACAUUUUCUUAUUUGAAACCUGUUUUUCUGUCUAUUUUCAGCUAUAUUAUAGGAGUCCUUUUUUAUGCUUUGCAUGUGCCAGAGAAGCUCUAUCCAGGCGUAUUUGACAUCGUGGGAAAUAGUCAUCAAUUAUGGCAUAUUGCUAUUAUUAUUGGUAUAGGAUUCCACUAUUAUGGUAUUAAGACAUUUGAAACCUAUCACCAAGGAUUUGCCUGUGACCUGGUGUAAUAUUUAUUGCAAAAAGCUCAAUGAUGACUAGGGGACCGGAUCGGGACCGUACAUGAAUCAUAAUACGAAAGGACCUAAUAUCGACUCAUUUUCUUUUCUCACUUUUUUCUUUUAAUUUCUAAUUCUUUUAUUUUUUUUUUGUUCUUUUGGUUGUUGUUUUAAUAUUCGAUAACUUACGUUUUGUACAUAAUCAAUCUAUUUUAACAUCAACGAGAAUUCAUCGAAAACGAUUCCCGUUUUUGUUGGUCGAAGUAGUUUAUGUAACUUUACAAGUAGUUUUUAUUUUAAUUCUUCAAGAACAAUGAAAUGGAUUCUAU